CUGAAUUAUCUUCCACUCUUCCCUUUCUGCCAUAAAAAGACAUGUCCCUUUUCACACUGCUGUCAAUGGACAUUUGAUCAUAACACUAACCACUAGAUGCCAUGUUAUUUUUUUCAUCUGUACUUGUUUGCUUUUGUUGUCUUUGUCUCUCUUCUCUUCCUUGCUCCUAAAUCUAAAUCAUGUUUCUUGAGGAGUGAGAAAACGACACAGGGAAAAUAAAUUAACGAAAGGAAGUUAUGUUUUUUGUGAUGGGGUGUUGAUAAAGGAGCUGGUACAUGCUGCAACAAGGCUGUGUUUGGAUUUGGUAUAAUGGGUAAUUGCUGGUAUAGGUGGGAGUCAUCAGAUUAUAGAGUCUCAUCCAAUGCAAAAUCUGAUUCACCAAAAGAACAAAACCAGGCAACGAAACAAAGGAAUGAUGAUAGUAAAUUACCAUCGAAUCCUGAAGAAGUAGAAGACCUAAGGCGUGACUCAGCUGCAAAUCCGUUGAUUGCAUUCACUUAUGAUGAGCUUAAAAUAAUCACUGCAAAUUUUAGGCCAGAUCGUGUGUUGGGUGGAGGAGGAUUUGGAAGUGUUUAUAAAGGGUUUAUUUCUGAGGAGUUAAGGCAGGGCCUUCCUACUCUUGCAGUAGCUGUUAAGGUUCAUGAUGGUGACAACAGUCAUCAAGGGCACAGAGAGUGGCUGGCAGAGGUCAUAUUUUUGGGGCAGCUUUCACAUCCAAAUCUAGUGAAAUUAAUUGGAUACUGCUGCGAAGACGAGCAUAGGGUACUAAUAUAUGAGUACAUGUCCCGGGGAAGUGUGGAACACAAUUUGUUCUCCAAAAUUCUGCUUCCCAUGCCAUGGUCCAUAAGAAUGAAGAUUGCAUUUGGCGCUGCAAAGGGACUUGCAUUUCUUCAUGAAGCAGAGAAACCUGUCAUCUAUCGUGAUUUUAAGACAUCAAAUAUUUUAUUGGACCAGGACUAUAAUGCAAAACUUUCUGACUUUGGCCUUGCUAAGGAUGGACCAGUUGGAGACAAAUCCCAUGUUUCUACUCGAAUAAUGGGAACAUAUGGUUAUGCAGCACCUGAAUACAUAAUGACAGGUCAUCUAACUCCUAGAAGUGAUGUAUACAGUUUUGGUGUUGUUCUUCUUGAACUUCUCACAGGAAGAAAAUCUUUAGAGAAGUUAAGGCCGGCUAGAGAGCAGAACCUUGCAGAAUGGGCUCUUCCUUUGCUGAAGGAAAAGAAGAAGUUUCUAAACAUUAUAGAUCCAAGGCUGGAUGGUGAUUAUCCAGUUAAGGCAGUUCACAAGGCUGCAAUGCUUGCAUAUCAUUGCUUGAACCGCAAUCCAAAAGCAAGGCCUCUAAUGCGAGAUAUUGUAGAUUCAUUGGAGCCUUUGCAGGCACACAAUGAGAUCUCUAUUGAAAAAACAUUGACCAUAAUCAGUGAGGUUCCUGAUGCUGAUUUGAAAAGGAAAGAUGCAAAAUGACUGAAACUGGGUAUUGUUGUAGGUUAUCAAUUUCCCUUCUCAUGUUCAUAGGGAGAGGUUUUGCCUUAACUUCUUGUGUUUAUUAACAUGACAUAUAGGCAAUUUCUUUCUAUUCUACCCCUUUCUUUGCUUUUCUACAUGGUUGUUACAUAUAUGCAACUGGAUCACUGUUUGAACUGAUGAUGUCAAUUUAAACAGAAACAAACAAGCAAU